GGGGUGGCAAGAGAGCGCUGGCACCAUCCCAGAGCCAGGGACCCAUACGCCUGCCGCCAGCCGCACAUGACUCCGCGCUCGCUGUGGUGCGGACGCACCGAUCUACUUCCGGUUACCUACUUCCGGCCGGCCUGGGCACCGCCGUGGCAGGCCGGAAACAGGGAGAGAAAAGGCACCGGAGACGACUGGGGCGUCGCCAUUACAGGUGGGGGCCGGAAGUAGAGGAAGGGCGCCGCCAUGACGUGCUGGGCUUGAAGGAAAUGGGGCUGCUUGCCCGCUCUGUGACCGGAAAAAACGAGGGAGGUCGCACUGGGCGCCGCCAUGAUAACCUGAUACCGGAAAAGGCGGGUCGUUCCUCCCUGAGUGUUACCAGACAGUCACCUGCCACGAGAUGCAGGCAGCCCUGGAGGUCACUGCCCGCUACUGUGGCCAGGAGCUGGAGCAGUAUGGUCAGUGCGUGGCGGCCAGGCCUGAGUCAUGGCAGCGGGACUGCCACCACCUCAAGAUGAGCAUUGCUCGCUGCACAUCCUCACACCCAAUCAUCCGCCAGAUCCGACAGGUCUGUGCUGAGCCUUUCCUGGCCUUUGAGGAGUGUCUUCGACAGAACGAGGCAGCUGUGGGCAACUGUACAGAACAUGUACGCCGCUUCCUGCAGUGUGCUGAGCAGGUGCAGCCUCCACGUUCACCCACGACCAUGGAGGCACAGCCGCUUCCUGCCUCCUGAGGACUCUGACUGCAGGAAAGCUGGACUCAAUGCCCAUGGAAGCAGCAGUCAAGAAAUCAAGCAACGCGUUGCACUGGAAAAAUCUGCAAAAGACCUUUUUAAAGUUAAAAAGCAAGGAUGUCAGCUUGGGGACAAUAGUGUGCCUGACCCAAGCCAUGGUAUUUUCAGUUGUCUCAUAUGCAUGUGAAAGCUGGACAAUGAAUAAGGAAGACUGAAGAAUUCAUGCCUUUGAAUUGUGGUGUUGAAGAGUAUUUAAUAUACCAUGGACUGCCAGAAGAAUAAACAAACCUGUUUUGGAAGAAGUACAGCCAGAAUGCUCCUUAGAAUUGAGAAUGGCAAGACUUCGUCUCACAUACUGUGGACAUGUUAUCAGGAGGGACAAGUCCCUGGAGAAGGACAUUGUCUUAGGCUGGGGUUCUCUAGAGAAGCAAAAUCAGUAAAGCAUAUAAACUUAUGUAUACACACACACGCAUAUAUAUAUAUAUAUACCAAACCUGUUGCCUUCGAGUCGGUUCUGACUCAUAAGCAACCCUAUAAGGCAGAGUAGAAAGGCGCCAUACAGUUUCCAGGGAGUGCCUGGUGGAUUCGAACUGCCGACCUUUUGGUUAGCAGCCAUAGCUCUUAACCACCGUGUCACCAGGGUUUCCGAGUAUAUAUAAACCCAACCCAGUAUAUGUAUAGAGAAAGAUUUAUAUCAAGGAAAUGGCUCACAUGGUUGUAGAGACUGUAACAUCCCAAGUCUCUGGGUCAGGAUAGAGGCUUUUCCUGAUUCGUGUAGCUGGAGGGGCUGGCAAACCCAAGACCGACAGGUCAGAGAGCAGGGCUCUUGGUCACAGCCUGCAAAGUUUGAUGAAUCCCAAGAUCAGCAGGCAAGGCAAGACAAGACUGCAGGUAAGCUGCUAGCUCAAGUCCCAAGAACUGGAGGUCAGAUGAACAGGAGCCAGCUGCAGGAUCCAGAAGGAGCAAAAGCCCAUGAGCCUUGCCAGGGUGUCCACUUAUUUUUGGAUACAGGCCACAUGCCCAAAGAAACUCCUUUUCAACUAAUCGGCUACCCACAGCAGUUCCAAUCAUAGAGAUGAUCACACUGGUUCAGAUCUCCUCAUGGAAAUGGUCACAUCAUACGACUGCAAACCACUGAGAAUUAUGGCCCAGCCAAGUUGACACACAACCUGAGCCAUCACAGACAUCAUGCUUUGUAAAAUAGAGGGUCAGUGAAAGAGAGGAAGAACCCCAAUGAGAUGGAUUGACACAGUGACUGCAACCAUGGGCUCAAACAUGGCAGGCUCAAACAGGACGGCACAGGACCAGGCAGCAUUUUGUUCUGUUGUACAUAGGAUCACUAUGAGUGGAAACUGACUCAGAGGCACCUAACAACAACAAUUGUACACUUGUUUUUAACUCAAUUAACUUCUCUUUUUUUAUUUCUUUCCCAAGAGGGAACAUUUUUUGUUGUUGCCAUGAAAGCAUUAUUGUUGGUAAGACCUGACAGAAUCAAUUCUUCACAGUAAAGGACUAAUACAUCAAUAUUUUCCCUUUCAUUUGCCCAUAUGGCACCUUAAUUGCAGUCUCUGAAUCAAGAAAUAUAAUUUUAUUCAGUUUCUUAGAGCAUGUUUGUUUGUGUGGUAUGCCCAAACUAAUCCAGGGGUCCCUAUUUUCUAUUGGUGUUUUUUUGAGGGGCGGGGGGAGACAAGGAAACAUUAAAACCCCUUUUGACUGAUUUAGAAGUAGUUGCCUAUCUCAUCCCUGACUUGUGAAAUUCAGUUUCCACAUGUGCUUUGAUACUCCCUUCUCCACCGUGCCCAAUCCCAAAUUCUUUUCUGCGUUUUGUGCAGUAUACCCUGUUUUGGCUAUCUAUUUCCCCAAUCUGGUUGUGUCCUUCCAUCUGUCAUUAAAAUAACAGUCAUGUAGUCUUUCAGUUAUAUCUGGGUCAUACUAGUUGUUUCUAUUGUAAUCAUUCUCAUUUUUGUCAUCUGAACUGUUAGAAAACAUGGUCACAAUAUCCACAAUAUUAAAAAUUAAGCUAACACUGUUUUGAUACAAAGUAUAACAGUUACUCUACUGACUGUUAACACAAUUACAAUGUGCUUACCUUGCACGUUUAAGUUGCAUCAGGGUGAUGUGACAAAGGAUGACUCAUUAUUGUGAGCCAAAAAUUAUGGUUGCCAACAUCAUCGGUCUGGGGAAAAGACAGCAACUAAGGAAAGCAGUCAACUUCUAAAAAUCUCUGAUUUUUCUCCCAAACUCCAGAUGUGUUUCCAGCUGUCUACCCAACAUCUCUAUUUUGAUGUCUUAAAGCAUCUCUAUCUCAUCACGUUCAGAGCUGGGCUUCUGAUCUUGCUCCCAAACCUGCUUCACCCUCAGCCUUCCCUAAUUCAGGCAUUUCCAUUCUUCCAGCUGCUCACACCAAAGACUCUUUUCUCUCACACGCAAUACCCAGUGCACUAGGAUAUCCUGUUGGCUCCAUCUUCAAAUACAGCCAAAUUCAUCUACCUCGCAUCACUUCUGUGCUGCCAAAUCUGGUACAAGCCACCACCACUCUCACCUGGGUUUUUGCAGCAGCCUCCUCCCUGCUCUCCCUGCUCCCCGAUGUGUUUGCAAUACUACGGUAAAUAAGUAAGAAAAUAAAAACAACACAUUGCUGUUGAGUCAUUCUGACACAUGGCGACUCCAUGUGUUACAGAGUAGAACUUCUUCACAGGAUUUUCUUGGAAGUAAUCUUUAUGGAAGCAGAUUGCCAGGUAUUUCUUCUGUUGUGCCACUGUGGGGGUUCACACUGCCAGCUUUGAGGUUAGUAGUCAAGCACAAACCAUUUGCACCACUCAAGGACCUUGAUACAAUAGCCAGAGGGAUUCAGGGGAUCCUUUUUAAUAUGUUAGACUAUAAGUCACUUCUCUGUCUAAAGUUUUCAAAGGGACAUCAUCACUCAGCGCAAAAGCCAGAGUUCUUUUAGUGGCCUCCAAAGCCCUAUGUGACCUGCUGUGAACCCUCUUCUCCCAGAUACUCAUGUCAUGUGGCUAACUUUGUCACCUCUGAGUCUUACUCAGGUGUCACCUUCUCACUGCAGCCACCUCUCCUCUGCCCUGCACUUCUUGUACCCCACACCCUACUCUUCUCCCUUCACCACUUCUUCACAUACCACACUUGUGUGUUUAUUGUUUAUUGUCUGCCUUCCUGCCCCCCCGCCCCAACUAGAAUGGGAGCUCCAUGAGGGCAGGAGUAUUUUCUUGUCUGUUCACUGAUAUCCAGAACUUUUAGAAUAGUGUCUGGGACAGAGUAGCUGCUCAGUAAAUGUCUUUGUGUGAAUGAAGGAGGUGGUCAGCAUGCUCUUCUGAGGUCACAAACAAGGAGACAAGGCUGUGGCUGCUGUGAGGUGAGGCAGCCCCAGAACGAUGGUGGGUGGUAGGCUGAGGGUUAUGGGGCUUAGAGGCCAACCGCUUUCUCUCACCUCCUGCCCUAGGUAGCUCUAGCCAGUUGAUAAAGGUUGCAUUUGUUGUCUGGGAAAGAAAGAAAUGCAAGCAUCAGCCAGCUUCAGAAGGAAGUCAGAGCCCUCAAGGCGUGCAGUACACAACAGGCACUCCCGUACGCAGGGCAGGGCAGGGCAGGGCAGGUAAUGGUGGUAAGGUGACAUUUGAACAAAGACUUGAUGUCAGGUCCUGAGUUUGGGCCAGGUGAGAGGGAAGGUGUGGGCAGCGGUGAGAUAAGGUAAAUGUUUCUUUCUCUGAUCAAUGCCGUGAUGCCCUAAGGCUUUGUAGAGUCCUCCACUUGACCUCCUGCACACAGUUAACCCAGGAAGGAAGGAAGAGAGUUCGAGGAUCACAGUGAGGUCUUUAGCGGACAGUCCUAGAAGUGGAGGUGUACAUCACUACUGCCUUUGACCAGAAUGCAGCCCUGCCUCCCUGCAAAGGAGCCUGGGAAACAUAGCCUAACUGUGUGCCCCAAAGAAAAAGGAGUGGGCCCUUCGUGUUGUCUCUGCACAGUAGGUGCCCUGAACUAUUUGGGGAGAGAACUCAGUGCUGUAAAACAUGAAACCACAGGUACGCACUGGAGCGGCUGGUGUGUGGCCUGGAGUUGCCCUUUGGGGAGGAGGUGUGGAAGUAUUUGUUCUGUGUGCAGUUAUUUACGCUAUGGAAACAGUGGGUACACAUGUGGAUGCACAAGUACACACCCUGUUGUGGACUGAAUUGUGUCCCCCAAAAUAGGUGUUAAAAAUCCUAACCCCGAUACCUGUGGUUAUAAUCCCAUACGGGAAUGGGUUUCCUUCAUUAUGUUAAUUAGACAGUAUUAGGGUAGCAUGUGUCUUAAAUCAAUCCUUUUUUAAGAUAUAAAAACCUUAUGCAGGUUAGGCAUAAGCAAGCACGCACAGCUGGGGGAAGACAGAUGCCAGGCCACAUGAGAUCUCCCAAGAACCAAGAAACAGAAGCUGAAGAGACAAAGACCUUCCCUCAGAGCUCAGAGAAAGCCUUCCCUUAAAGCUGGCACCCUGAAUUCAAACUUAUAGUCUCCUAAACUGUGAGAAAAUAAAAUUCUGUUUGUUGCAGCCAUAAACUUGUGGUAUUUCUGUUACAGCAGCGCUAGAUAACUGGCACAUCCCCUGAUGUGUUGUUUACAACAAUGAAUAACUGGAAACAUUGGAUAAAUAAUCAUUUGCCUAUAAAAAGGAAUGCAUAUAGCAAUCUGAAAGAAUGAGAUGAAUCUCCCCAUAUUAUAUGAACAAAUGUCCAGUGAAAUCCAAAUUAUAAGUAUAUGAUAUCAAAAAUAUUUUUAUUUAUAUAUGAAUUUUAAAAAUUUCAAACACGUAGUACUUGUACAUGGUGACAGGUACAAAUCAAAAACCAGCUGCCUUCCAGUCAAUGCCAGCAGGUGGCAGCCCCAUGCAUUUCAGGGGAGAACUGCGCCCCAUAGGGUCUUCAGUGGCUGGAUUUCUGGAAGUUGAUCAGCAGGCCUUUCCUCUGAGGUGCCUCUGAGUAGACUGGAACCACUAAAAUUUCUGUUAACAGCUGAGUGCUCUAAACAUUUGCACCACCCAGGGACUCAAAAAGCCAUUGAAAAGUCUCCCUUUCACCCCCGCUCCGGGUUACUGAGUUCCUCUCUCUGUAGCAACCAAUGCUACCAUUCUUGUGUAUCCUUCUAGAGGCAUAUGCUGGCACACUCUCACAUAUAUGUUUGUGUAUUUUUACCUUCUCCUUUUUAAUACAAAUGGUGACUUACUACAUAUAUUGUCCUGCCUUUUCAUUUUUCUCUUCAAAGUUUAAUUGGGCAAUCAUUCCAUACCAGUUCAUACACAAUUCUUUCAUUCUUUUCAUUGCUGCUUAAUAUUUCUUUAUAUGGAUGUACAAAAGUAAUUAUAUUUAAAAUUAAAUACUACUAAUGCAUACAUAGAAUUAUUAUGAAAAAUAACCUCAAAUUCUUCACAGCUAGCUCCUGCUGAGGGGACCAGUGGUCUCCAUGUGGCUACCUUUUUCAGUCCUCAUCUUCUCUGCAGCUCUUGAUGGGCUGACCUCUGCUCAUUUCCGGGCUGACCCCUGCUCAUUUCCUGGCUAACCCCUGCUCAUUUCCUGAAACUCUUCUCCCCUUGUCUUCCUUUACACACACUCUGCAGGCUCCUCCUACCUCUCUGACUACUCCUCUACCUUUUCCCACCAGCCACGAAACGGUGGUAUUCUUCAAGGAUUAAUCCAGGUGGCUUCUUAUUCUCUACUCUGUGUAGUGAUCUCAUUCAUUACAGAGAGUAUCAAAGGAGUCAUUGGCUCACAGAUGGUUCUCUCCAGCCCAGGCCUCUGCCUUGAGCUUCCAUCUGCCUACAUGGUCUUCACUU